AUGGCCGCCCAAGAGCUGCCCGGCGACGAGCAGCCAGCUUCAGCCCCCCGUCCGCCGCCGGACGCUCACAAGCAGCCCCUGGGCGACGAGCUGAGCGAGAGCGUGUGGGAGGACGCAGCAAGUCGAAAGAAGAUGGCUGCCGCCCCGGCAUCCGGCCAAAAAGGCGUCCCCGCUGCUCUGAGGCCUGGCCAGGCACCUCUGAAUUUCGGCGACGAGGACGACAGCAACGUCUGGGACGAGGCGAGGCAGCAGUCAAACGACAUUGACAAGCUUGGUCAAGCCCCUAACGCCUUUAAGACGGGCGACAACAAGUCGCAAACGAACCCCUUCUUGAAACGAAAGCCGGUGCCUCACCGAAACGACGCCGUGCCUGUCGACUCUUUCGCUAGGCUGGACCUGGACGAGGCCGGCCAGGGCAGCAAUCCGUGGCAGGCACCCGGUGUUGCCCACAACGCGCCCCCUCCAAAAAUCCAGAAAUCCCUCUUGGACGACGCCGAGAGCGAUCCUUGGGCAAGCAACCAAGUCCCGACCCCUCCGGCAAAAGUGCCCGCUGCUGCUGCAUCGCCGGCACUCAUGUCGCUGCCGUCCGAGGACGAGCCGACGUGGGAAGAUGACCCGCGGCCCGACCAUGACAAGGCUCUUCCCGAGGCACCCCCGGCGACGGCCAUAUCGGACGAGCUCAUAGAGGACCAGAAUGUCUGGGAUGACCUCGGAGCGCUGGAUAGGGGCAAAGCCAAGGUCUUGGAUCUGCCUCCGGAGCAGCAAGCCCAGCUCGACGACUGGAAUCUCAUAGAUGCGGAUCCGUCGUCGAGUCCGCCGAAGCCGCCGGCCGACGAAGAGGCAGAACGGCCGAUUGAUGCCAAAUCCGAGACGUACCAGGUCAAGAACAUCCGCUGGCACGACGACACAUCGAUGAGCAACCCACGCACAUCUCCGAUCCUGAUACAAAACAAAAAUGGCCCGUGUCCGCUGGUGGCGCUGGUCAACGCCCUAACGUUAACAACGCCGGCCGACAUGCCCGAUACGGCCCUGGUGCAGGUUCUCCGGUCGCGAGAGCAAGUCAGCCUCAAUCUGCUGCUCGACGCCGUAUUCGACGAGCUUAUGUCACCGCGGCGCACAAACUCGGAGGACGCCCUGCCCGACGUUUCUGAUCUCUAUUCCUUUCUUCAGAGCCUCCACACCGGCAUGAACGUCAAUCCACGCUUCGUGCCUACCCCGGAGAUGAUGACGGCUUACAAGCGCACAUCGCUGACGCAUCUUGAUGCAGCCGAACGCGGCGACUUUAUUCCGGGGACCUUUGAAAACACCAUGGAGAUGAGCCUGUACGCCACCUUCUCCAUUCCUCUGAUUCACGGGUGGCUUCCGUCUCGGUCCGACCCGGCGUACGAGGCACUUGAACGGCGGGGGGCCUCGUAUGAAGAGGUACAAAACCUGCUGUUUCACGAAGAGGAGCUCGAGGGCAAGUUGUCGAACCCCAAUGGCGAACUGUCCGAGACGGAGGCACAGCUUUACCAGGAUAUCAUGACAAUUAAGAUGUUUUUGGAAGAAUCGGCGACGCAGCUCACGCCGUGGGGCAUCGGGGUCAUUGCCAAGGCCAUGCGCCCCGGGACCUUUGCCAUACUUUUCAGAAACGAUCACUUUAGCACCUUGUACUGUCACCCGCGGGCGACGAAGCUGCUUAGCCUGGUGACAGACGCCGGGUACGGGAGCCACGAGGAGGUGGUGUGGGAGAGCCUCGUCGAUGUCAACGGAGAGCGGACCGAGUACCUGUCAGGAGACUUUCGGGUCGUGGGCGCGGCGCCUGCAGGCAGUGCGGGCGGUGGCGGGACCUCGUCGGGCGGUGGCGAGUGGACGGCGAUGCAAUGCAAGCGUGGCAAGGGGCGAGAGCAGGAGGAACAGGGGCCAACGAGUCCGAAGCACGAGCAGGAGGACCGCGACCUGGCGCUGGCGCUGCAACUGCAAGAGGAAGAGGAACAUAGACACCGCGAAGAGCAGGCCCGCCGGCGACGAGAGAGCAUACUCUCGGAACAGUACAUUGAGCAGCAAGCACAACGACCAACGCCAGUGGUCAGGAACUCUAGGAGAGCCACGUCGAGCGGGAGCGCUGGGCCGGAACCGGGCAGCUCCAACGGCAUCGGGCUCGGCAUCGGCAUGGCGGGGAGCCCGCUCACGCGGCAGCCGAGCGAGCCAAGCCGGCAGCCGCAGCAGUCACCCGGGAAGCAACCAGGCGGCGCCGAGGACGAGCAGCGGCGCCAGGGGUCAGGGGCCGCCUAG